AACCUCUUUAUAGGGAGGGACGUCAGCUUUGGCUGCGGAGGUAGAACCGGUACCCGGGCUCAGCAGCACGCCGCGAAGCCGCUCCAGCGCUUCAAAGAACCAGAAGAGUUUUAAACGAUAUUUUCCAAACGAUUGACUCACUGAGAUUUCCAGCUGACCAAAGAAAUGGUGAUGGAGAAGCCAAGUGCCCAGCUGGUCGGGCGAGAGUUUGUCCGACAGUAUUACACGCUCCUGAACCAGGCCCCCGACUACCUGCACAGGUUUUAUGGGAAGAACUCGUCGUACGUGCACGGCGGUGUGGACGGCAACGGCAAACCGCUGGAGCCGGUUUAUGGACAAUCUGAGAUCCAUAAGAGGGUGAUGGCUCUGAGUUUCCGGGACUGUCACACAAAAAUCCGGCACGUGGACGCGCACGCCACCCUGAACGAAGGCGUGGUGGUGCAGGUGAUGGGCGAGCUCUCCAACAACCUGCAGCCCAUGAGGAAGUUCAUGCAGACCUUCGUCCUGGCUCCUGAGGGUACAGUCCCCAACAAGUUCUACGUCCACAACGACGUGUUCCGGUACCAGGACGAGGUGUUUGCCGACUCCGACUCGGAGCUUCCUGAAGAGUCAGAAGACGAGGAUCUGGAGAGGGCCCCCUCCCCCGACACCGCCGAGGAGCCCGCCCCCUUCUACGACCCCACAUCCUGCAGUUCUGAGCCCACAGCCCCCGGUGACAAUGAGGAGGGAGGGGCCAGUCCAGAACCAGAGGUCGAGAAAGACCUGGAGGCUCCAGAAGCGGAGCGUCAGGCGGACACCCACGACGGCCGGACAGAAACGCACUCGGCUGACGAGCAGACGGAGAAGAGGUCGUCCUCCCCGGCACCGCCCACCACAGAACCAGCUUCGGCGCCGGCCGAACCCGCUCCGAGCGCCCCAGAAGAGAACAGGCCGUUCUCCUGGGCGUCGGUCACCAGUAAGAACCUCCCCCCCAGCGGCGCCAUCCCGGUGUCAGGAAUCAACCCCCAUGUCGUCAAAGUCGCCCCCACAGCCCCCGUGAGAACAGAAGUGAAGCCCGAGUCUCAGACGGCGCAGAGAACUCAGAGGGAGCAGAGGCCGCGCGACCAGAGACCCGGCGGACCCACACCCCCGCACCGGGGCGGGCCUCGACCAGCUCGAGAAGGCGAGCAGGGCGAGCCGGAGGGGCGCCGGAUCAUCCGCUACCCCGACGCGCACCAGCUCUUCGUGGGAAACGUUCCCCACGACGUGGACAAGAACGAGCUGAAGGAGUUCUUUGAACAGUACGGGACGGUUCUGGAGCUGAGGAUCAACAGUGGCGGGAAGCUGCCCAACUUCGGCUUCGUGGUGUUCGACGACUCUGAGCCGGUUCAGAAGAUCCUCAACAACAAGCCCAUCAAGUUCAGAGGAGACAUCCGGCUGAACGUGGAGGAGAAGAAGACGCGCUCCGCCAGGGAGGGCGACCGGCGGGACUCCAGGCCCCGAGGUCCCGGCGGUCCCAGAGAGCGCAUUGGCGGCGGACCCAGAGGACCGCCCACCCGCGGGGGGAUGUCCCAGAAGCCCAGCUUUGGCUCCGGGAGGGGGGCGGGCCCCAGCGAGGGCCGCUUCUCGGCUCCCCGUCAGUGAGCUCCGAUUCAGAACCCGAUCUGACAGACGCUGCAGCCUGCAGUCAGCUGCUCUCCUGACUGCAGGCUGCAGCCGCAUGCGGCGCAGACGCAUAACCAUCCACUCACACCGGCUCCUGCUGAACUCGCCCCUCCCCCAUUACAUUUCUGUAAGGAGUGUCUGAAAGCUGCGGGACUCGUUUGGGGGGGAGGGGUCCACACUGACCCCUCCCCCACCAUCCAUGGAGUCCAGGAACCGGCUCUUUUCUCCGCAGUUUGAUUUUAGUUUGGCGUUGAACUUGAAUCUCACAAAUGAAAAACAAAAAGGCGUAAAUAUUACUUGAAUUGGGGAUGUAGAGACCCAGAGGUUUUAUUUUAUUUUCCGAGUUCUCUCCCUGUUUCUUAAAGGAACGUGUACUUUAACUGCUUUGGGCAAUCCUGUGUAUUGCUGCCACCGUUGUUUGUAGCGAUGGCUCCGCCCAUCGUUUUUAUCAGGUCACGAGCUGAACUGUAGUUUUAUUUGAUGUUGAUGUUGUAAUCUACACAAACAGAUGUCUGAAUGGAGCAUGUAUCAAAACCUGUUCGCCUUUUUUUACCAAUGCACUUCAUCAUGUUUAAGCUCACAUGCCGACGAGAGACUAAAUUAAACCAUUUACUGUUUUCA